AUGCUACACAACAUGUGCAGUACUACACAACUCGUGGUGUGGGCGAGAGUGCUCUUAGGUGUCAGAGAAAGAGGAGAUGAGGAUGAGGAGACAGUAUACUUGAGUGAUGGACUAGAAGUGAGGCCUAAAUACAGUGGAAUACUGCAGUACAUGAGAAGUGUUUGGCAACAAGAGGGUCUCCACGGGCUUUACCAAGGUGUCACCCCGAAUAUCUGGGGUGCUGGAGCCUCAUGGGGACUGGAUUUCUUUUUUUACAAUGCAAUCAAAGCAUACAGGAAAGAGGGGAGACAGAGAGAGCUGAGCUCCACUGAGCAUCUACUGUCAGCUGCUGCAGCAGGUGCCAUGGUGUUUUGCCUUACCAACCAAAUCUGGGUGACCAAAACUCGCCUUGUUCUGCAGUACAGCGCAGAGCCAACCAAGAAGCAGUACAAGGGAAUGAUGGAUGCUGUCAUGAAAAUCUACCACCAUGAAGGGAUCGCAGGUCUCUAUCGGGGGUUUGUCCCGGGUUUGUUUGGAACCUCCCGUGGUGCACUGCAAUUCAUGGCGUAUGAAGAGCUGAAGAGAGAUUAUAAUAAAUACAGAAACAUGCAAUCAGACGCUAAACUGAGCCCAUUGGAAUAUAUUACCAUGGCAGCUUUGUCCAAAAUAUUUGCAGUGGCAACGACAUACCCAUAUCAGGUGAUCCGAGCCCACCUGCAAGAUCAGCAAAAUAAGUAUGACGGAGUUGCAGAUGUCGUCCGGAGAACAUGGAGAAACGAGGGUCUGUCUGGGUUCUAUAAAGGCAUGGUACCCAAUCUGAUCUGA